AUGACGACCGUCACCUGCCCCGGGGCGUGUCCCUCGGUCCCUACGCUACUUGGUGAUUGCGGCAGCUCCUCCGCUCCCUCGUCUUCUCUCUAUUUAGCCGCAGAGACGCGGCGGAGACGACGUCUACAGACUGAAAACGACGCGGAGACGUGCUCGGACGUGAAGGUGGUGGAUGCGACGUCGUUAUCCGGUUUAGGCGUGCAAGCCACAGAGCUAACUAAUACCACGCUGACAGAGCUGAACUUAACGGACAAUAGCGUCAAAAACUUGCGCGAUCUGCAGCUCCCAGAGACGCUGCAGCAGUUAUAUUUGAGGCAGAAUGAGCUCACGAGUCUGGAGAUUCCGGAGAGCUGGCAUCAUCUAGAACUGCUAGACGUGUCGGAUAAUCCUAUCGCCAACUUUACGACGGAGGGGAAUGAUGGACCGAGAAUUCUCAUCGCAAGGAACACCUGGCUCAGCUCAAUGGAAGACGCCGUGUUCCCAGCAACGCUGCGACAACUGUAG